UGGCCAGACCUGCAGACUCUGCCUUGGUGUCUGUGUUUUUCCUGGGCCCUGUAUCCUGUUCCUGCAUAUCCCUGUUCCUCGUUCACUACCCUGCCUGAUCUGACCUCUGCUGACUUCUCUCUUCUCCGCUCUGACCCCGCGGGCUCGUUCCUGACCAUGGCCCUCGGCUGCCUGACCCUCUGUACUGACGCUGCCCGCUACCUGCUGAACCUGGCUUCUGUAACACCCGACCCACAAUUCUCCCAGCUUGCUCCCCCUGUACCUACCUGCCCGAUUGAUAUUGACCCAGUCCUGCCUGAAAUGACUGCUUGCAUUGUAUGUACUGUUAUCUGUGGGUGGGUUGGUUGGUUCGAUUUGCACUGUGUUAAGUUU